AUGCUACCUCCUCACUUCAUUGUCCUAUCCUCCCUCGUCGUGGCAGCCAAUGCUGCUAUCGGGCCUUCGGCUACUCUCACCGUCGGCAACGCUCAGCUCGCACCUGAUGGCUACUCUCGAGACACGACGGUCGUCAAUGGGCAAUUUCCAGGACCCUUGAUCACAGGCAAUAUGGGAGAUACAUUCUCUUUGAACGUCGUCGAUGCUCUGACGGACGGCGCGCUGGACACGGUCACCUCUAUUCACUGGCAUGGGCUCUUUCAACACACUACGAAUCAUGCCGACGGCGUUGCGUUUGUUACCCAGUGCCCGCUUAUCCCGAAUGAGUCUUUCCUUCAUCAGUUCAGCGUGCCCGGCCAGGCUGGAACGUUCUGGUAUCACAGCCAUUACAAGACGCAGUACUGCGAUGGAUUACGUGGCCCGUUGGUUAUCUACGACCCCAAUGACGCCCAGGCUGACCUUUACGACGUCGACAAUGACGAUACAGUCAUCACGCUUGCGGACUGGUAUCACUAUCUGAGCACCGUCGCGCCCCCAGGAGCAGCGCAUCCAAACACCACACUCGUGAAUGGGCUCGGACGAUAUGCGGGCGGGCCUCUCACCGACCUUGCGGUUGUCAAUGUACAAGCCGGCAAGCGUUACCGAUUCCGCCUUAUCAGCAUCUCAUGCGACACAUACUUCACGUUCUCUAUUGACGGCCACCAGUUUAGUGUCAUCGAAGUUGACGGGACGGCGCAUCAACCCCUUCUCAUAGACUCUCUAGAUAUUCUCGCAGCACAGCGCUACUCACUUGUGAUGGCCGCUGAUCAACCAGUUGAUAACUAUUGGAUCCGAGCGGCUCCCAAUAACAUCGCAAGCGGCUUUACCAUUGGCACGAACAGCGCCAUCCUGCGCUAUGCGGGCGCAGGUACCAGUGAUCCUACAAGCACCAGCUCCCCCAGUCUGAAGCUCAACGAGCAAGACUUACACCCGCUCACGGACGCAGCAGCCCCCGGAGCUCCCACUCCUGGCGGCGCUGAUAUCAAUAUCGAACUAGACGUAACGUUGGCGAACAACAUCUUCUCUGUCAACGGUGUUCCCUUCUCGAGCCCUGAUAUCCCGGUUCUGCUUCAGAUCCUCAGUGGGACUCCUGCUUCGUCGCUCCUUCCGACCGGCUCCAUCUACCCCAUCGCAUUGAAUAAGUCUGUGGAGAUUGUCAUUCCGGGAGGCGUUGGCGGUGGCCCGCAUCCUAUCCAUCUUCACGGCCAUACCUUCUCGGUUGUCCGCUCUGCCGGCAAUGAUUCGUACAACUUUGUGAAUCCGCCAAAGCGCGACGUCGUGAGUAUAGGAACUUCGUCCACAGACAGGACUACUAUUCGCUUCACCACGGACAACCCCGGCCCUUGGUUCUUACAUUGCCACAUUGAUUGGCACCUGAACAGCGGGUUUGCUGUGGUCAUAGCCGAGGAUGUUCCCGAUGUCAGUAGCAUCGAUAAUCCUCCAUCCGACUGGCGCGCGCUGUGCCCGGCCUACGACCAGUACGCGAACGCCACCGGUAUUCAGAACGGGAUCAACGCGGUUCCGCACGUUGUUUGA